GCAGCAGCAGGGCUGCGCGGCGGGUGAGAUGCGCGCGAGGCGGCUCUGGCCCUGGGGCAGCCGGCGUCUGGUGGGGCCGCAGGCAGAGUACAACAUUUCAAAAUGCUGGAGAUUUUCUGGGUGAACCUAGUGAUUACAGUUAAUGUGACUGGGUCUUCAAAAAUUCUGCUCUUGCAUUUCACAAUAUAAAAUAUUUUUCAAAAAUGAAAAGUUGGAGAUCAGUGGAGGUAUCUGUUAACCAUGUCCUGUGAAUUCAGAGAAGAAUUUCUGGAGGAAGAAUAGAUUCAUCAUAUACCUGGACUCUUUAUUUUUUUUUACUUUUUUUUAUUCUAGAAGGAUAUCUACAUGAAGAUAAGCCUAUGUAUAAGAUACUGUCUGUGGAGUUAGGUGAAGGAGGGUAUUUCUAAUGAGUUACCAACAUUUGUUUCUAUUUGAGAUCUUUUUUUAUAUAUAUAUAGAAAUGAAGGACUAAUAUGAAAAAGCAGAGCUGAUGUAUUUUUCUGAGGCCUUUAUGUAAGCCUCUACUGUCUGGAUGUGGUGCUAAAGAAAAAGCAAUCUGCUUUUGAUCAGCUGAUUGUAACUGUAGAAAGAGAACCUUUAAUUUAAAGUAACUUCCAGCUGAAAUUAUUUUACUCUUUGGCUUGCACAAAAUGAAAGGGAAAAUUAACAUGUUUUACUGGUCAGGGCCUUUUUGCUGAACUAAGAAAGGGAAAGUUAGAUUUUUCUUUUUUUUUUUUUUUUUAAUUUCAAACCAAGAACUGACAAAAUAUUUUUGUUAGAAUUUGACUACUAGGGAGAUCUCAGCAUUCUAAAACAAGUCAGAUGUCAGCAAACGACUCUUCUCCUCCAUCCUUACAGAAGUUCUCCCCACCUGCAUGUCAUGCUGCUGCACCACAAACCCCAACUUUGUCUUCAAGUCCCCAAUCGGGGCUCUCCAGUCGACUCUCCAAUGGCAGUUUCAGUACACAGAGCCUCACCAACUCCAGGGGCUCUAUGCAUGGAGUCUCAUUCCUUCUGCAAAUUGGUCUCACUCGAGAGACUGUCACCAUUGAAGCUCAGGACUUGUCCCUCUCUGCUGUUAAAGACCUCGUGUGCUCUAUAGUUUACCAGAAGUUUCCAGAGUGUGGUUUUUUUGGCAUGUACGACAAAAUUCUCCUCUUCCGUCAUGACCUGAACUCAGAUAAUAUUUUGCAACGGAUCACGUCAGCAGAAGAAAUACAUGAGGGAGAUCUUGUUGAAGUUGUUCUCUCUGCUUUGGCUACAGUUGAGGAUUUCCAGAUUCGUCCUCAUGCACUUUAUGUGCAUUCCUACAAGGCUCCUACUUUUUGUGACUACUGUGGAGAGAUGCUUUGGGGUUUGGUACGACAAGGAUUAAAAUGUGAAGGUUGCGGAUUAAACUACCAUAAGAGAUGUGCCUUCAAAAUCCCUAAUAACUGCAGUGGAGUGAGAAAGAGGCGUUUGUCUAACGUGUCUUUACCAGGAGCAGGGCUUUCAGUUCCAAGACCAGUGCAAGCUGAAUAUACAGCCUCUGCCUCUGAAGAGCGCUGCUGCCCAGAACCUAGUAAACGAAUUCCCUCCUGGAGUGGCCGCCCCAUCUGGAUGGAGAAGAUGGUGCUUUGCAGAGUGAAGGUUCCACACACCUUUGCUGUUCAUUCUUAUACUCGUCCUACUAUAUGCCAGUAUUGUAAAAGGCUGCUCAAGGGCCUUUUCCGCCAAGGAAUGCAGUGUAAAGAUUGCAGAUUCAAUUGUCACAAACGUUGUGCAUCUAAAGUGCCUAAAGACUGUCUUGGAGAGGUGAUUUUCAAUGGAGAACCUGCUAGCCCAGGCCAAGAUUUGGAUAUGCCAAUGGAAGUUGAUAGCAGUGAAAUGAACAGUGAUGGUAGUCGGGGUCUGGAUGAUGUUGAAGAGCCCUCUCCUCCAGAAGACAAAAUGUUUUUUAUGGACCCAUCUGACCUUGAUGCAGACAAAGAUGAAGAAGCUGUCAAAACUAUUAGUCCUUCAACAAGCAAUAAUAUUCCACUCAUGCGGGUUGUGCAGUCCAUCAAGCAUACAAAGAGGAAGAGCAGUACAAUGGUUAAGGAAGGAUGGAUGGUCCACUAUACUAGCAGAGACAAUCUGAGAAAAAGACAUUACUGGAGACUGGACAGCAAAUGCCUCACACUAUUUCAAAAUGAAUCUGGAACAAAAUAUUACAAGGAGAUUCCGCUUUCAGAAAUUCUCCAGGUGACUCAGCCUCGAGAUUUUUCAAACAUGGUGCAGGGCAGCAACCCAUACUGUUUUGAGAUCAUCACUGACACGAUGGUGUAUUUUGUUGGAGAAAACAAUGGCAGCAGCCAUCACAGUCCUGUUCUUGCUGCCACCGGAGUUGGACUUGACGUAGCUCAGGGCUGGGAGAAAGCCAUUCGUCAGGCUUUGAUGCCAGUCACUCCUCAAGCUAGCGUUUGUACUGCUGCAGGACAAGGAAAAGAUCACAAGGAAUUAUCUCUAAGCAUCUCUGUUUCAAAUUGCCAAGUCCAGGAGAAUGUGGAUAUCAGCUCUGUGUACCAGAUAUUUGCUGAUGAAGUUCUGGGUUCUGGUCAGUUUGGCAUUGUAUAUGGAGGAAAACAUAGGAAGACUGGAAGGGAUGUGGCUAUCAAAGUCAUCGACAAGAUGAGGUUUCCAACUAAACAGGAAAGUCAGCUUCGUAAUGAAGUGGCUAUUCUCCAGAAUUUGCACCACCCUGGGAUUGUAAACCUGGAAUGUAUGUUUGAAACCCCAGAACGAGUCUUUGUUGUAAUGGAGAAGCUACAUGGCGAUAUGCUAGAGAUGAUUCUUUCCAGUGAGAAAAGUCGGCUGCCAGAACGUAUAACCAAGUUCAUGGUCACGCAGAUACUUGUUGCUUUGAGAAAUUUACAUUUCAAAAAUAUUGUGCACUGUGAUUUAAAACCAGAAAAUGUACUACUAGCAUCAGCAGAGCCAUUCCCUCAAGUGAAGCUCUGUGAUUUUGGCUUUGCACGCAUCAUUGGUGAAAAAUCUUUCAGGCGCUCUGUGGUGGGGACACCUGCUUAUCUUGCCCCUGAAGUGCUCAGAAGUAAAGGUUACAACCGCUCUCUAGAUAUGUGGUCAGUAGGAGUUAUUGUCUAUGUGAGCCUUAGUGGUACAUUCCCAUUUAAUGAAGAUGAGGAUAUAAAUGAUCAGAUUCAAAAUGCAGCAUUUAUGUACCCACCAAAUCCCUGGAAGGAAAUUUCUAGUGAAGCCAUUGAUUUAAUAAAUAAUUUGCUUCAAGUGAAGAUGAGAAAACGUUUCAGUGUUGACAAGUCUCUUAGUCACCCAUGGUUACAGGAUUAUCAGACUUGGCUUGACCUCAGAGAAUUUGAAACACGCAUUGGAGAGCGUUAUAUUACCCAUGAGAGUGAUGAUGCACGCUGGAAAGAACAUGCUUAUGAACACAACCUUGAGUACCCCCAGCAUUUUAUUAUGGCUCCUAAUCCAGAUGACAUGGAAGAAGACCCUUGAUUUAUUUGUUAUGCUAAAUUGCAGCAGAGAAGGGCACUGCAAACUGAAGAUAAGUUUUGGAACAACUGUUACUCUUUUUGAGUGCUGUUCGUAUAAUUCAGUAUGCAGAACUACAGAGGAUACUGCACUGGCGUGGGCAUAGACUGUCAUCUGGCAAGCUCUUCUCCAUCUCUGACUUAAACUAUGAAGUUAUUGAACAGUGGGAUAAACCCUAUUGGAUAACAUUUCACUGAGCUGUAUGGCUACAAAGCCAUCGCUGAGGUGUAAUGUGUACAGACUGAAUGCUUUGUAUGAAUUUUUCAAGUUUUUUUUUUUUAAGUCUACGCAAUAAGAAUUUUGUAAUGGUUUCCUAAUCCCUAUUUACUAGGCCAUAGAGAACUAUUUUCUGUUUUUUUAGAUACAUUUCCCAUUUACUAGACUGUGCAUUGUGGAGAGAUUGUAAAAGGAAAUCAAUGCAGAAUAUCUUUGACUUAAUAGCAAAGCACGGUGGUUUAGGAUUGCAUACAGCUUCACAGAUGAAGGAAUAAUUUGCUGUUGAUGAGACAGUUAAAGGUCUGUCUUUGCCCUAGCUUAACUUUUUUCCAGUUUCCUGAAGAAAGAAGACCCCACAAUUUCUUACAUUCCUCUUAAAAUGCUGGCUGACAAUCUAAAGAUUGAUGAUAAAAAGAUGAUAGAGAUGAUAAUCAAGGCUGUGCUAAGUCCUUUAUUUUAUCUCUUAAAAUAGAGUAAUAACCCAUGAUACAAUGUAUUGCUGUGCAAGGCUGGGACAUGUAUACACCAAAGGCAUUUUGCCUUAAUUUGCAUUACUCAUUUGCCUGAGUAAUGUACGUGGAGCACACAAGACUUGACGUUGCAUAUCCUUCCAAUCUGAAGUAACCAUUUCUAGCAGAAGGAUGUGGAAAAAAAUAGCGGAAAAUACAUGCUUCUUUCUCUUGUUGUUUUGAUUAAUUAACUUUAAAAAAAUUUUUUAAAGUUUCCCUAGAUUUGUCAGGAGCAGUUUGUAUCCUGCUAGCUUCUAUCUUCACUCCUAAGUUUUAAGCAGUUACAGUGGCUAUUAAAACACCAGUUAUACCAGGGCAGCUGGACUGUAGGAGAAAAGGCCUUUGCCUUUCAACUUUAACCUGCAGCCCCUCCUGCCCUCUUUUCUGUGCUUAGAAAUGCUGUUUAUGAGCUGAAUGAAGAGUCCAACUCUUAAAUUCAUCCAAAGCCUCCAAGUUCUUCUCUUUUUUUUUUUUUUUUUUUUUUUCAGACAUCUCAGUUGAUAUAUUCCCAACUGCUUACUGGACUUGUGGCACAAUAGAGUAGAAGCAGCAAUUUCCUUUGGAAAUGAUUCUCAGAGGAUAGCCUAUCAGUUAAAAGUAUGUGAUAUUUCAAGGAAGUUUGAGGCCUUCUAUGCUAAAUGCAGAUAGAAGUAAAAGGAAGGUAUUUUUUUUUCCUAUUUAAAAAAAAAAAAGUCUCUUUUUCUUGUGGGUAACAGCUUCAUGCUGCUGGAUGGCUGUACAUAUCCCUGAUAUGGUGUCAGGCUGCUUAACUGGAGCUUGGCUCAAAGUAACUUUUUCAGUACUGAUACAGGCUUGAGCUGCAAAGGCAGUGGGAGACUUUGGGGAGUAGCUUCUCUCUCCUGCAAGUUGGUUGUGUUCUUUUCUAUUUUUUUUACUGUUGUUUGAGGUAAGGAAGUCAUUGAGCAGACUGUUUCUAAGCUGUUACAUGUUCAUAAAAUCUUACAAGGUUGUUUCAAUGCUGGCACUGCUUUCGGAUGCACAGUAAACUGGCAGUAUAGUCAGUGGGAACUGCAGAGAUAUGUCCCUAAGGCCAAGUCUGGGCCUUUAACCUACCUUUUCCUUUCCUGUUGCCUUUAAUGUAACUGCUGCAUUUCGUAAGUAUCUAAGUUGUUAAAAGUUGAACAUGCAGGGCUGGAAUCUGCACAAAACAUUCAGUGCAAUCUGUGUGACAGUUCUCUACAGCCACCAAUGGGCAGAGUAUUUCAGCCCUUCCUAUCCUCUUUCAUCCUCUCUCCUAGCACACUUGUUUUUCUCAGGUUUGUGCAGGGGACUUGCCUGACAGCAGUCCAUGCCACUCCUGCACUGAGGGUCAUUCUCUCCUUUUUAUGCUGUUAAAACAGCAUAAAGGAAUUUAAAAGGGGCCAAAUUUGUCCCUUAACCUUGCCAUCCUGUUAAGGCAAGGUUUCAAGAUUGAUUCUUCUCUGAGAGAGGCACUAUUUUUGUAACUCUGGAACCAGAAUGAUCACCUCUGAAAUUGGUGGGCUAGUUAGUAUUUGCCCAGGUCUGGUAAGGGAAGCAGCACUUUUUUUUUUUUUUUUUUCCUAA